AAUAUAAGACUAUAAAAUCAAAUUCAUUCUGAAGCUAAUCGAAAGCUUCGGAACACCACGAUUUGGCUACAUUCAAAUAUUACCCAAUACAAACAACGCAUCUGGAAGAUAAUAUGGUGGAAAGGUAACAUGGUGCUGAUGAAUACCAACAAUGAAAGUCAUGAAGCAUCUACACCUUUUUAGGUGUAAGCGAAGUUUCGUCUUCAGAUCAGUUUUCCACUCUCAAACCCAUGGCUUGGCACUUCACCAAACUUAUGGUAGUAACGUUAUUACGACUACACAUCAACAUAAUAACCAGAAAAUACACAUUAAUAAUGAAGAAACGACGAUAUUGCAUCAAUUGCAGGGAUGCAUCAAGGCGAGAUCUUUGGCAGAAGGAAAACUUGUCCAUACCCACAUCAUCAAAACUGGAUCCCAGAUGAUGUUUUUCUAGCAUCUAAACUUGUAAUUAUGUACGCAAAGUGCAGGUGUUUGAAGGAUGCAUGCAAUCUGCUUGACAAAAUGCCUGAACAAACACUGGUUGCAUGGAACGCUAUACUUGGAGGGUAUGCACAGAAUGACAGACUGGAGGAUGCACGUGAAGUGUUUAACAACAUGCCUGAGCGCAAUAUUUUUUCCUGGACAACCAUGGUUGCGGGACUGGUACAGGGUAGAAGGCUUCAUGAUGCGCGAGUAUUGUUUGAGGAAAUGCCUGAACGAAAUGUUGUGUCGUGGACUGCAAUGAUAUUCCCAGAAUGGGGAUGUGAAGAGGCUCUCGCUUUGUUCUACCGAAUGCAACGGUCAGGAACGAGGCCGAAUCAGUUUACUUUUAAUAGUGUCCUUAGUACUUGUGCAAAUCUGGGGGAUCUAGAGCUUAGCAAUGUAGUUUAUGGGCAAAUUACCAAGAUGGGACUGGAUUCAGAGCUUUCUGUAUGCAAUGCCCUUGUUAAUCUAUAUGUAAAGCUUGGCUAUUUAGAUAGAGCAAAAGAAGUGUUUGAAAAAAUGUCUGAACGAGAUGCGUAUACCUGGACUGCACUGCUUACAGGAUAUACACACAAUAGUAGGAUGGAAGAUGCACGCUACUUGUUUGAUAAAAUGCUAGAAAAAUGUGUUGUUUCAUGGAGUGCAAUGAUUGCGGGAUAUUCUCAGAAUGACAGCUGCGAAGAUGCUCUAAAAUUUUUUGUCCAGAUGCUACAGGAAGGGGUGAAGCCUAACCAAUCAACUCUGGCUAGUGUUUUGAGUUCAUGUGGCGCUCUUGUAGCUUUAGAAAGUGGCAUUCAAGUCCAUGUCUAUAUCAUCAAAACAGGUUUUGAAUCGGACGUCUUUGCCCGGAGUGCUCUUGUUGAUAUGUACGCCAAAUGUGGGAACAUGGAAUGUGCAAAACGGGCAUUUGACACAUUUUCAGAAAGAAAUGUGGUCUCGUGGAAUUCAAUGUUUGCUGGAUAUGCUCAGAACAAGAGAAUAGAGGAAGCAUUUGAACUCUUUACCAAAAUGCCUGAGCAAAAUUUGGUCUCCUGGAAUUCGAUGAUUGCAGGAUAUUGCCAAAAUGAGCAGGCUGUGAAAGCACAAGACCUUUUUUCCCAAAUGCAAAUGGGAGGCUGGAUCCCAGAUCAGUGUACCUAUACUAGUGUACUUAGUUCAUGUGCAGCCACGGAAGCUAUGGAACAGGGCAAACAAACACAUGCCAAAAUUAUUGGGUGUGGAUUGGUGUCUGAUGUCCUUAUGGGGAGUGCUCUGGUUGCCAUGUAUGCUAAAUGUGGAAGCAUUGAAUAUGCUCGGCAUGUUUUUGAUAAAAUGCAUACAAGAAAUGUUGUUUCAUGGACUAUUAUCAUUUUAGGAUAUGCCCAGCAUGGACAUGGCAAAAUUGCACUGCAACUCUUCGAUGAAAUGCAACAGGCAGGCAUGAAGCCAAACCAUAUUACCUUUGUCGGUGUUUUGAUUGGCUGCAAUCAUGCUGGCCUAGUGGAUGAAGGCUGGAAUUCUUUCACUUCGAUGAGUCGUGAUUACUAUCUUGCACCAAGGGAGGAACAUUAUGCAUGCAUGGUUGACAUCCUUUGUCGAGCUGGGCAUCUAAACCAAGCUGAGAAAUUUAUCAAUGACAUGCCAUUUCAACCAGAUAGUAUUAUGUGGCAUACUUUGCUUAGUGCUUGUAGGAAAUAUGUAGAUAUAGAUCUAGGUGAGCGUACGGCUGAACGGCUUUUUGAAAUGUCACCGGAGAAUUCUUCACCGUAUAUAAUGCUGUCAAACAUUUAUGCUGCAGCUGGUAGGUGGAGUGAUGUGGCAAAGGUGAGGCAGAUGAUGAAUGACAGAGCAAUAAAAAGGAGUCCGGGAUGUAGCUGGAUUGAUGUCAAGGGCAAGGUACAUGCAUUUCUUGUUGGAGAUAAAUUACACCCACAAAGAUAUGAGAUCUAUGAAAUGCUGGAGAGACUAUCUGGACAGAUCAAGGAAGCAGGGCAUGUACCCGAAACAAAUCGUGUACUGCAUGAUGUGGAGGAGGAGCUGAAGGAAAACAUUAUUUCCCACCACAGUGAGAAGCUAGCCAUUACAUUUGGGCUUCUUAACUUGCCACUUGGUAAACCUAUUCGGAUACUCAAGAACCUUCGUGUAUGUAGUGACUGCCACAAUGCAAUCAAAUUCAUUUCCAAGAUUGUUCAACGACAAAUAGUUGUGAGGGAUGCUAGCCGCUUCCACCAUUUCCAAGACGGUCUUUGUUCUUGUGGAGAUUAUUGGUGAUGCUAAAGCUCAUUAAUUAGAAUAAUGUAAGAGUUGACACAUCAUUUUGGGUGCCAAGGACAAGAAUCUCGUCAUACAUUGCAAGGCGUAUAUGUGCAACAGGCUUGGCUCUCAGACAGCACAUUGUGAAGGUUCUGUCAAAGAUUCACCAAUUAUGAACAUCCAGCUAAGGUCUUGUAAAUUAUAUUUAAGUUUGGCAUUAGUCUUUUUAAUCACAUUCUUUAUGCAAUCUUUAUAAGUAAAAUGUUUAUGAUAAACAAUGGAACCAAUACUUUAGAUACCAUGCUUCUUGUUGCAUCUUUUAGUAACAAUUCACAAACCAUAUUGAAAAUAUUGUCAACCUUCUGACAUGCCUUACGUGAAGCCUUUCAUGAUCUUUAGGAUUUUAUAACUACCAUCUUGGAUGUUUUGUGGUUAUUAUCUUCCUAAUUAUCUGGUAGUAUUGAUUAUUAAUGAAGACUGCAGGAUCCGAACAUUAAUACCCCUUUUGAAUGGAGUGCAUAGAGAUUUAGACUGAGACUUGAGGAUUGGACUUCGAUUUCCUUCAGAUGGAAUCACAGAGAAAUUUAGACCUGAUAAUUUUGAAUCUUGCCUUAUGGGGAUCAUAUGCUGAUCACAGAAAGCCAGUUGAGCAAUGUUUCCAGAGCCAAGCGAGAGUACAAUGAAGAAGAGUAUAAGUCAGGAUCUAAAUUCCUUGUUCAAAGGCUCAUGCUUUGAUGCACGAUACAAGUUCAGUGAGAGGACAUGGAAUUUCUGAGAUUCAUGUCAUCUUAAUUCACAGAUGGAAAGAAAGGAGGAUAAAUAAACAUUGAAAAGUGUCAAGAACCUGAUUGAAAGAUACAGUGAGGGUUGAAGCUCAUUGAAAAGAAUAAGAUGUUGAAUAGAUCACCAAUGACUACAAAUAAUUCAUCCGAUUUAAUCAAAUUUCAAAACAAUUGUGGAUAAUUUUUUAAAUAUGACAGGACUAAACUUUGCAAGCUUCUAAAGCCCAAAGAUAUCAAGAAAUUCUUAAAUCUACCUAUAGAAAAUAUCAUCCAUAAGUGACCAUAUGGUGUAUUCCGGACCAUAGCAUAAAUGUUUUGAAUUUACCAUGUAUGUUGUUUCAAAACAGGUGAUAAAAUGAGAUUGAUUAUUAA